UUCAAUACGUCUGGAAGAGAAUUCCGAUAUUUGUCAACUCAUUGCAUAACUGAACCUUGGUGGUCCAAAGUUUGAUCUAGAAGUUGACCCCUUCUCAUAAGGUUGGCUGUAAUAUUUAAUCGGAUGUGGGAACACUUGGAAACCAAUAUCUUCUAUCGCAAGUGGCCACUUUUAAUUUUGAACAAUACCUUCAAAUGUGGACCAUCAACCAUAUUCCUCCUAUAUAUACACACACGCACCUUUGAUCUAGAGACAUUCAACUUCAAACUCAAAAACUAUUGAAAAUGAAAACACCAAAUUCAAAAGGUCAGCUACUGGGGCUUGUUUUUGUGUUUGCUUUGUUCAUAAUCUCCAAUGGAAGAACGUUGAGCGCAAACAACCACAUGAUCAAAGCCGUUAAUCUUGGAGGCUGGCUAGUCACAGAAGGCUGGAUGAAACCUUCUCUUUUUGAUUCGAUACCAAACAAAGAUUUCUUGGAUGGAGCUGCACUUCAGUUUAAAUCUAAAACGAUCGGGAAAUUCCUUGCUGCAGAGCUUGGCGGAGGUACAAUCAUCGUUGCAAACCGUUCAUCGGCUUCUGGCUGGGAAACUUUUAGGUUGUGGAGGAUCAAUGCGACCAGUUUUCACAUGCGGGUGUUUAACAAGCAAUUUCUAGGACUUGACUCAACCGGAAUCAAGUUGGUUGCUAUUGCAACAGAUUAUAAAACAUCGGGUGUUUUCGAGAUUAUUAGAAAAUCCGAUGAUCCGAGCCUUGUUCGGAUUAAAGCACCAAAUGGGUCCUUCUUGCAGGCGAAAACUCAAGAUCUCGUGACUGCUGAUUCGAAAGGAGACGGGCAAUGGCGAGACGAUGAUCCUUCGGUUUUCGAGAUGACGAUAGCACAAACAUUGCAAGGAGAGUACCAAGUGACUAAUGGUUACGGUCCUUCAAAAGCGCCACAAAUCAUGAAUGAUCAUUGGAACACAUUCAUAGUAGAAAACGAUUUCAACUUCAUCGCUACAAGCGGAUUAAACGCUGUGAGAAUUCCAGUCGGAUGGUGGACCGCUAGUGAUCCAACACCGCCGAAACCUUAUGUAGGAGGAUCUUUGCAAUACCUUGACAAGGCAUUCUUAUGGGCAAAGAAAUAUAACUUGAAGGUGAUACUAGAUCUACAUGCUGCUCCGGGCUCCCAAAAUGGUUUCGACCAUAGCUCUUCUCGCGAUGGUUUUAUUGAGUGGGGCCAAACGGAAGAAACUAUACAAGAAACGGUUCGUGUCAUUGAGUUCUUUACAGCUAGGUACGCGAACAAUCCAAGCUUAUACGCAGUUGAGCUAAUAAACGAACCCAAUGCAAAUGGGGUAUCACUAAGCGUAUUGACCAAGUAUUACGAAGCUGGCUAUAAGGCUGUACGAAAGCAUGCUCCCAACGCCUUUGUGGUUCUAUCAAACCGACUUAGUGGUGAUUCAAAAGAACUUUUUCCGGUUGCAAGUGGAAUGACGAAUGUUGUUAUUGAUGUUCAUUACUACAAUCUAUUUUCUGACAUUUUUAACGAUAUGACUGUCGAACAAAACAUUGAGUAUGUUAGAACGAACCGUUCUGAUGAACUACAAGCCAUCACAACAUCAACUGGACCACUUACUUUUGUGGGCGAAUGGGUGUCCGAGUGGCAAGUAAGAGGGGCUAGUAAGGAAGAAUACGAGAGGUUUUCGGAGGCUCAACUAGAAGUGUAUGGACGUGCAAGCUUCGGGUGGGCUUAUUGGUCACUAAAAAAUGUGAAUAACCAUUGGAGUAUGGAGUGGAUGAUAAAAAAUGGUUACAUUAACCUUUAGAAGGUCUCAAAAUUAUCACCUGAUUGUUUAGUUUUGUCUUAAAUGUUGGAUCAGUUCUGUUUAAAUGUAAUGGAAAACAUGAAUAAUACCUGUUACAGCAGACAGGCCAGCAGAGAAUCCAGUCAGAGAUGCAGCCAUUGAGUUCGACAUGAUUGUCAGGAUGAUCUGGUUCCUCCUUAGGGUGUAAGAUUAUGAUGGUGAUGAAACCGAAAGUAGGGUAAUUUCGGUUAGGGGAGAGAGUGACGAAAUUGAUGUUGUUAUGAGGGUUUGAUUGUGUAAUGUGUGUAACCCUUUAACUCUCUAAUAAGCCCUUAUUUAUACA